AUGGAGACAAUGGUGAGGAUCUCGUCAGAACAUCCCAGGUGUACGGAUAAGAUGAGCAUCUUGGAUAGCUGCGGCUCCAGCGGAAACUCCGCCAUCUACCGAGGAAACCAACAUAUAAAAAACAAGGGAACGCUCCAGUGUCUGGACACGUUUGGUCGGAAAGCUGGUGAGACCGUCGCGUUAGUUGGAUGUCACGGCAUGGGCGGUAACCAGGUGUUCUCCUAUACGAGGAAGAAGGAGAUCAUGGUUGAUGACAACUGCCUUGAUGCUUCCGGCUCAGGACCUGUGAAGAUGACGCGUUGCCAUGGCCACGCCGGUAACCAGCAGUGGCAAUACGACCAGGUGCUUCAUGUUCUCGAGGAUCCACUUCUGGGAGUCGGCGCCGCCGCAUCGCCGUAG